UAGAAUUUAAUAAAAGGGAAAUGGACUAGCGAUCAUAUUCAUCUGAGGAAACGAGAACAAAAAAUGAAAAGCAGGGAACACAGCUAACCCCAGAAGAGGAGAGCAGGAUGCAGUGGUACAUGGUUGCUGUGCUUCUCACCAUUCUCACUAGUUCUCAGGGAAUUUUGACAACUCUAUCUCAAAGUAAUGGAAGGUAUUUGUUCGACUAUGCAACUGUACCAUUUCUUGCUGAAUUUUUUAAGCUAGUAGUUUCUGGUUUAUUUCUUUGGAGAGAGCACCGGAUAUCACCAUCUGUGAGGAUGACUAGAGAAUGGAAAACUGUGCGCUUAUAUCCUAUUCCGUCAGUGAUAUAUCUAAUUCAUAACAAUGUCCAGUUUGCUACACUGACUUUUGUGGAUACAUCUACAUAUCAGAUAAUGGGUAAUUUAAAGAUCGUUACCACUGGCAUAUUAUUCAGGUUAUUUUUGAGGAGGAAGUUGUCUAAUCUGCAGUGGAUGGCAAUUGUUCUAUUAGCUGUUGGAACAACUACAAGUCAGGUUAAAGGUUGUGGAGAGGCUUCUUGUAAUUCUCUAUUUUCAGCUCCAAUCCAAGGCUAUUUGUUGGGUAUUCUGUCUGCAUGUCUAUCAGCUUUGGCUGGUGUCUAUACGGAGUUUCUGAUGAAGAAGAACAAUGACAGCUUGUACUGGCAGAAUGUGCAAUUGUAUACAUUCGGUGUGAUAUUCAAUAUGGCACGGCUUCUCCUGGAUGACUUCAGAAGUGGAUUUGAGAAGGGGCCUUGGUGGCAACGCCUUCUCAAUGGCUAUAGUAUUAUUACAUGGAUGGUGGUUUUGAAUCUAGGAUCCACUGGCUUACUGGUUUCAUGGUUAAUGAAGUACGCUGACAACAUUGUGAAGGUAUAUUCCACAUCAAUGGCAAUGUUGCUGACAACGGUUUUGUCUAUAUACCUUUUUAGCUUCAAGCCUACAUUGCAGCUUUUCCUGGGUAUCAUCAUCUGUAUGAUGUCACUGCACAUGUAUUUUGCCCAUCCAAACAUGCUUGUGGAUUUGCCAACGGUCAAAUCUCCUCCUGAGAGCCUAAAAGAAGUUUCUAUUGAACGACAAACAGAUUCCUGAUGUUUCUUAUAUGUCUAGAAGCUAAUUGUUUUGCUAGGUGCUCACUGAAAGUUGCAUUGCAAAUGGUUUUAAUUCAUGAGAUGCAACAAAGGGAAUAUUACACAAGUGUCCUUGUCUUGCUUGCACAGAUAUGCCUCCUUGGCUGGAUUUAGAGCCAAUUUUAUGACCAUCAUUCUUCUUCAAAACUAUUUGGCCAUCUGGUGAGACGUCAUGCAAGAAGCAUGAGGAUAACUUUUGUGAUCCAGGGUAGUUCAAAAGGUUUCUUCUUUAUCAUUUAUAGUAAGAGGCAAGAUUGUUAGCAAAUCACACUCUUUGAAAUUUGUUGCAGUAUACUUUGUUACAAAGCAAGCUUCUAAUAUUGAUAAUGAAGUAAAUUAACACCGAGGCAUUCCCAGAUUCA